CAUCAUCACAGCGCGCCGCUCCCAGGUGUCUUCAAGGUCGCUUUGCGGAGCGGGUGAGUGAGUGACCGGCCCCGGGUUCGGGCCGCGCUGCGUCCCUUUGAGCGAGUUCGCCGGCAACAUGACGGGGUACACGGCGGAUGAGAAGCUGCGGCUGCAGCAGCUGCGGGAGCUGAGGAGACGAUGGCUGAAGGACCAGGAACUGAGCCCCCGGGAGCCCGUGUUGCCACCGCGCAAGAUGUGGCCCCUGGAGGGAUUCUGGAAUAACUUUCUGCGGGACGGGGCCGUGUGGAAGAAAGUGCUCUUUAAGACAUACCGGUCCAGUAUCUUCACUGUCUCUCAUAUACUUGUACCUCUAUGGUUAAUUCACUACUACGUCAAAUACCACAUUGCGGCAAAACCAUAUGGCAUCGUUUACACGAAGCCCAAGAUAUUCCCAGGUGAUACAAUUCUGGAGACUGGAGAAGUAAUUCCACCAAUGAAAGAUUUUCCUGAUCAACAUCAUUAAAGAGCACAUAAAACCUUAAAAGACUUGUGUAAUAGCAAAAGUCUCUUCAUAUAGUGCUGUAUUUACUGAAUCUGUUUCCUGGAAAAGUAACUAAUAAAGCUUAUUCUCAGA